AUGGUUUACUCGAAUACCAAGAUCACAAGCCAGGCCGUCCAGCCCAACAAUGUCGCACACCUUGAUCCCGGGUUUGUUGACCCCUCUGUCGUGGAGCAGGUCGAGGCCGUUAUCGCAGCACAAAUCACACACGCACGUGUGGCCGACCUGCUCAAGUCGGCAAUUCCGCUAGAACUUCUCGAGUUUUCGGCGACCUACACCACUCCAGCCGCCGCCGCCACCACCACCGCCAAUACUUGCAGUAACCUUCUUGGCGAGGAUCGUCUGGACCACCCCCUACCCAAGAACCAGACGAGCCGGGUGGCCCGUGACUCGUCUUCCAUUUGUUUUGUCGGCCUUGACCUCACCGACACCAAAUCUAUGACAGGAGACAGCAAGUCGUUGUCCAUGGGCGCGGCCGUGAACGUGAACGCGUGGGAGCUGCCGUGCGGAAUUGCCAACGUUGCCCUGUCUGCUCCUUCUUCUGCUGCCGUUCCCAUCACAACAGCCGGAACAGAGCAGAAGCUUUGGCAACCAGGCGCCCAAACGGCCAUCUUCGACACCGACCCCACGACAGCUGGCAGCAACUAUUUGUCUGUGGAUGCCGCCGUGAAACCCGCCAACGUCGCCCUGUCUGCUACUUCUUUUGCCGCCGUUCCCGCCACAACAACCGGAACGGAGCAGCAGCUUUGGCGGCUGGGCACCCAAACAGCCAUGCCGAUGUCCGCGGACAUCUUCAGCACCUGCCUCAGGACAGGAGUCAGCGACUACCUGUCUGUGGAUGCCGCCGUGAAACCCGCCGACAUCGCCCUGUCUGCCCCAUCUUUUGCCGCUGUUUCCACCGUAACCACGGGAACGGCGCAGCAGCUUCCCAGUUUUCAGCCGGGCACCCAGACAAUCAUACCUAUGACCACGGCCAUUUUCGGUACCGCCACCACGACAGCCGGCGCCAAGGAAUUCCUGCAGCAGUUCUGGCAGCAGCACGCAUCACAAGCGCCCACCACUACGGCCAACAUGAACACGGCCAUGUUUGCCCCUUUUCCCGGCCCCACUACUACCGUGAUCGCUCAGCCGACAAUCAGCGAAGCCCAGAUCCCGCCGCAGACGCCGCCGCCGCCAAUAGAGAAGAUUGUGGAAGGCGCGUCAGGCUGAAACUCGGUCACGACGGCGGGCGAAAAAGCAAGCAGAAAAAGCCAAGGGCGGAGGAGGCCAGGAUAGAAUCCGGAAGCCGGCUGGGAGACCGAGGAAGGCGAAGAAAGAUUCUUUUGAACAAGGGGCGACGGGAGAUGUUGGGAUGGCUCGAAUGAAAGCCGUGGUAGAAAGUAUGCGAGGAGGGAUUGUGGGAGGGUUUGCAGGAGAGUUAGGAGCAGGGACAGGUGGGGUGCCGGUUGCGAUCGCUGGAAUGGGAGGCAUGGUAGGAUGUAUGGGAGGG